UGCUGCAGCAUGGGACUCAGCUGCUUCAAGUCCUGGAAACAUGACAGUACAGGCCACAAAGGUAACAGAGACGUGUUGGCCAGCCCAGGCUCGUAUUUCUUCCUAUCUAACAGCGCCGGUCAGGGUGACGAGUGGCUGAAGAGCCUCAACAAGGGGGUCUGGAUCCCUUUCACAGGGGUCUUUGGUCAGCGUCUGGAGGAGACUGUACUUUAUGAGCGACGUUAUGGGGUGCGUUUGGUUCCUCUGGUGGUGGAGCAGUGUGUGACCUUCAUCCGAGAGCGUGGCCUGCAUGAAGUGGGCUUGUUUCGCCAGCCAGGACAGGCCAGUCUGGUCAAAGAACUGCAAGAGGCUUUUGACGCAGGGGAAAGACCGUCCUUCGACAGUAGCACAGACAUCCACACAGUGGCGUCACUGCUGAAGCUCUACCUCAGACAGCUGCCAGAGCCUCUGAUUCCUUACAGCCACUACCAGGACUUCCUGCUCUGUGGUCAGAAGCUGCUGACUGACCGCAUGCUGGUUUUGGGGGAGUUGAGGAAUCUUCUUCAUGAGUUGCCAGUUGCAAACUUCAACUUACUCAACUUCAUCUGCCAGUUUUUAAAUGAAGUCCAGAGUUACUCCAGCACUAACAGGAUGAGUGGCCAGAACUUGGCCACUGUGUUCGGGCCAAAUAUCCUCCGAGCCAAAGCUGAAGACCCACAAAGCAUUAUGGGAGGUGCAGCACUGGUCCAGGUGCUGAUGUUGGAGCUGAUCAGGGAACAUGAGUCUCUGUUUGCCAAAGUCCCUCCACCCUUUUCUGCCCGUCCACCUGGAGGUACACACGCAUCACCCAUCGCUUUGAGGCAGCCUCAUCUUCACCCGUCACCCUGCCUACGUCAGCUCUCCAUGCCUCUCAUUGUAGAGCGCUCCAGAGAAGGAGGACAUCCUGCAGCAGACAAACAGAGUCCCAGCUGCAUCCACUCUGCCGUUGCCAAAUCAGAACUGUCCUCUGGCCAGAAGAGGCAUCUCGGCCAUCGCUACACCUCCUCGCACCCAGAGAACUGCUUCUUUCCUUUGCCCUCCACCAGUCAGCCCCUGCAGCACCACUCUGACAGACACAAUCUAGAUUAUCACCAGCACCACGCUGGCCAAGGACCAUCCCCAAAUGUUCAAGCCUCUACAACCAGCCUCCAGCUUCAAGACCCACUGCCAGACAGCUCCAGUCCCAGAUCGAUGCUCCUGAGCUGGGCAAAGGCCUGGCCUAGCCCGGAAGAGCCAUGCACUGGUUUCUGGAGCUCUGGUGCUGCUGAGGAAGAGGGUGCAGGGCCAGGAAUGGCGAGCAUGGGUAGCAGUGAGGAUCAAGAGGACAGCAACCUUUCUGCCUAUGACAACUUGGACAGAGUGUCUCCAUGUGAGGGAAUGGAGCAUGGUGGACAUUUUGAAACCAUCGAUCAAGGAGACCGUAUUGGAACUUGUGAAGAGGUGGCGGCGCUUGAGGAGGCAAGGCAGAGAAGAGACUCCUCCUCUUCAUGGUCGUCCUAUGAAGGUCUGCCAUUGGACGAAAGCAGUGAUGCUGUGGUUGUGGUUUGUCCUUACGUGUCACCAAAGAGACCAAACAGAUUACCUUCAAGUCAGGAAGCAGACAGGGGAAGCAGUGAUAAUGAAGAUCAUGACGAUAACAAUGAUGACAAUGAUGAAGAUGAUGUUGAAGUCCACCACCCUAACUCCCCAGCCUCUUGUUCUGUGCUCAGUGACAGCCCUCUCAGUACGGGCAGCUCAGAGGUGUUCCUCCCCUCUGGUCCUCCGGACCUCCAGGGACCGGAGCCUCAAUUACAGUCCAGGGAUGCUCACUCACUUCUAGCUGAGCUGCGGCAACAGAUGGCCCGGCAGAAGGCUGAGUACCAGGCCAGGAUACAGAGGUUGGAGCGCUGCAAUGAUGUGCUGGAGCGGCAGGUUUCAGUACUUCAGGUCAGACUGGAGCAGCAGAAGCGCAGCCGAAGCGUCGCAGAGAUCAAGAUCCGCGACAUGGAGCGAGCCAAAGCUGACGCCGACCUCCGAAACAGCACGCUGCAGAGAGAGAUGGAGAUGUUCUUCCAGAUGUAUGGAGACAUCAAGAGAAGAGGAGGGGGUGAAGGAGCAAGAGGAGGAGGGAGUCUCUGA